AUGGCAUCUGCACAGACAACAGUAGCAUCUGAAUAUUCAGCUGAAAUACAAUCUGUACCAAUUGAACAUAGAUUUAAUCCAUAUUCUGAUAAUGGUGGUACUGUUUUAGGAAUUGCUGGAGAAGAUUUUGCAGUAUUAGCAGGUGAUACAAGACAAGUCACUGGUUAUUCUAUACAAUCAAGAUACGAACCAAAAGUUCAUGAUGUUGGAGAUGAUAUUUUAAUGACAGCCAAUGGAUUUGCAGCUGAUGGAGUUGCAUUAAUAGAUCGUUUUAAACAAUCUUUAAUUUGGUAUAAAUUUGACAAUGGUGGUAAAAAGUUAACUAUUAAAAGUGCAGCAAGAUAUAUUCAACAUUUAUUAUAUGGUAAAAGAUUUUUCCCAUUUUAUGUGAGUACUUUAAUUGCUGGAUUAGAUGAAGAAGGUAAAGGUGCUGUAUAUUCUUAUGAUCCUGUUGGUUCAUAUGAAAGAGAACAAUGUAGAGCAGGUGGUGCUGCUGCUAGUUUAAUCAUGCCAUUUUUGGAUAAUCAAGUCAAUUUCAAAAAUCAAUUUGUUCCUGGAACUGAUGGAAAAGAAAAGAAACCUUUGAAAUAUUUAUCUUUAGAGGAAGUUAUUCAAUUGGUAAGGGAUGCAUUUACAUCUGCUGGUGAAAGACAUAUUUAUGUUGGUGAUGGUUUAGAAAUUAAAAUUGUAACGAAAGAUGGUAUCAGAACAGAAUAUUACCCAUUAAAGAGAGAUUAG